AUGGACGACCACAUCUACAACAACAAGCUCAUAACACACGCGGACGCUGCGAACUACCUCCAAGAGGUAGCUACUUUGAAGUUGCGGUGUCUGCCAACGAAUAUCCCAGCGUUGCAGGUAAUCGAAAAACUCACUCGAUUUAUGAAUCUUAUUCUUAACGAAGAUGCCGAAUACCACACCAACUCGCACAACCAAUCUUUUCAAAUGACGAAUCAGAUCGCAGGGUCCGCUUCGCCCGUCUAUUCUUUACCUGAUGAAGACAGAAAUAUAGAUUCUGAGCAAAACAACAUCGAGGAUUUAAAUAUAACUAAUGUUACAGACGAUGACGUUAUUAACAAAGAAAUGGAUAUAACUAAUGCUGCAAAUGAUGAUGCCACUCAUAAAGAUAAAGAUUCUAAUGAACAGAUCAACACAGCGAAUAAAUCUCAAGUAAGACAUUCGACAUACGCUAAAAGUAACGAUGGAAAUAUUGAUGUAAUCGAUAUUACAAAUGACACUGAUGAAGAGGAUAUUCAAGGAGAAUGUAACGAGCAACUUGUUUCUAUUGAACGUGUCAAUACUGGAAUGUCAACCAUGACUUUACAAGAUAAUGUAGGUAGUGAAAUUCAAUGUGACGACAAUAAUUGUUCACAGAGUAUCUUAGAUAAUUACGAUAAUGAUGUUACAAAUGAGACAUCUAAAGAAAAAGAUAUACACAAAGUUAAAAUGGUUGUCCAAGAUGAAAUUAAUGCUACAACUCGCACUACUAGUAAUAUUGAUAAAGAUUAUCAAAUAAACACACCUUUAUCAGGUAUAACUUCUAAUAAAAUUGCCGACCCAAAAUUAAUGAUAAGUCAAUCAAAAACUGCAGUGGACGUAACUAUGAAGCCAACUGAAUUUAAAGGAGAUACUGAUAAAGGGAAAAAAGUAACAAAUAAAAAUGAUAACAAACUCAAAAAACGGAGAACGAAGAAAAAUAAAGAAUCUAAAGUAGAUAGCGUAACUCAAACCUGUCUAGAUAUUACAAUGAGCUCUAAACGUGUUGUAGAUUAUAACGGUAAAGAAAAGAAUCCAAAAAAUAUCAAAAAGCCUAAGAAACACGAAAAGGUUCAUGAGAUAUAUAACGAAAACGUUGAAAAUGAUCUAUCGUGGGUUGAAAACCUAAGAUAUGUCAGAGAAAUAAGCCCCAGCGAAUAUGAUCCUGGAUUAAACAUACUUCAGGAUAACUUUUGGAAUAAUUUUCAACUACCGGGUACAUGGGAUGAUUUAGAUUUUAAUGUGUGA